ACUUUCGCUUCCUCCUCGCCCUCUACCCAGCUGCUUUGAAUUCAGUCGCUGCCUUGGGGCACUCACAGGAACAGGAGCCCAGCGCCUCAGCACUGCCUUCUCAGGUGCUUAGAGGCAGGCAGGCAGACAGACAGACAGGCAGGCAGGCAGGCAGGCAUGCUCUCCCACCACCACAGCUGCGCACGAACCAUGCCAGGAUGAAGCCUCCGUGGCGCCUGGCUGGGACUCUGAUCCCAGCCAUGGCCUUCCUCGCCUGCGUGAGCCCUGGGAGCUGGGAGCCCUGCGCGGAGGUGGUGCCCAACAUUACAUAUGAUUGUAUGGAACGGAAUCUCUACAAAAUUCCCAGCAGCAUCCCCUCCUCAGUCAAGCACCUGGAUCUGAGCUUUAAUCCCUUGAGGUUCUUAGCCAGCCAAAGCUUCUCUCCUUUUCCAGAAUUACAGGUGCUGGAUUUAUCCAGGUGUGAAAUUCAAAGGAUUGAAGAUGAUGCAUACUGGGGCUUAGAUUACCUCUCUACAUUGAUAUUGACAGGAAACCCUAUCCAGAAUUUAGCACCGGGAGCUUUUUCUGGACUUCUUAGUUUACAGAAGCUGGUGACUGUGGAGAUAAAUCUGUCUUCUCUAGAGAACUUCCCUAUUGGACAUCUCAGAACUUUGAAGGAGCUUAAUAUGGCUCACAAUCUUAUCAAUUCUUUCAAGUUACCUGAAUAUUUUUCUAACCUGACAAACUUGGAGUACUUGGACCUUUCCAAUAACAAUAUUCAAAAUAUUUAUUGUAAAGACCUACAUGUACUCCACGACACAUUCAAUCUCUCUUUAGAUCUGUCUCUAAACCCAAUUAAUUUUAUCCAACCUUGUGCCUUUAACAGAAUGAGGCUUCGAGAACUGACUUUGAGAAGUAAUUUUGAUAAUACAGAUGUAAUGAAAACUUGUAUUCAAGGUUUGGCUGGUUUAGAAGUCCAUAAACUGGUUCUAGGAGAAUUUAAAAAUGAAAGGUAUAUGAAAGAGUUUGACAAGUCUGCCCUAGAAGGACUGUGCAGCAUAAAUAUUACAGAAUUCAGAUUGGCAUUUUUGGAUGACUUUCCAAAGGAUAUUAGUGGUUUCUUUGAUUGUUUGGUAAAUGUUUCUGCAGUGUCUUUGGUGAAUCUGAAUUUACAUAGCCUCGAAGGCCUUCCGAAAGACUUAAAAUGGCAAUCUUUAGAGUUGAUAAAAUGUAAAAUAAAUCAAUUUCCCAAAUUGGUGCUGCCCUCUCUCAAAAGGUAUGUUUUCACUGCCAACAGAGGUGCAGACAGUUUUGUAAAGGUUGAAUUGGAAAACCUUGAGUUUCUGGAUCUCAGUAGCAACGGUAUGAGUUUCAAGAGUUGUUGUGAUCAGGAUGAUUGGAAAACAACCAGUCUGAAGUAUUUAGAUCUCAGCUUCAAUGAUGCCAUAACCAUGGGCUCCAACUUCCUGGGUUUAGAACUAUUAGAGUAUCUGGAUUUUCAGCAUUCUACUUUGAAACAGGCAAGUCAAUUUUCAGUGUUCUUAUCACUCAGCAAACUCCUUUAUCUUGACAUUUCCUAUACUCAUACCGAGGUUGCCUUCCAUGGCAUCUUCAGUGGUUUGGUCAGUCUCCAAGUCUUAAAAAUGGCUGGCAAUUCUUUCAAGGACAACACUCUUUCAAGUAUCUUCACAGAUCUGACUAACUUGACCUUCUUGGACCUUUCAAAGUGUCAACUGGAACAUGUGUCCCAAGGAGUAUUUAGCUCACUCUCCAGCCUUCAGUUCCUGAAUAUGAGUUACAAUAACUUCAUAUUAUUGGAUGCACUUUCUUUUCAACCUCUGCAUUUACUCCAGGUUCUAGAUUGCAGUUUCAAUAAAAUAGAAUCUUUCGAAGGGCAAGAACUACAGCAUUUCCCAAGCAGUCUAACUACCUUAAACCUCACUCGGAACGCUUUUGAUUGUUCUUGUAAACACCAGAGUUUCCUUCAAUGGAUUAAGGACCAAAGGCAGCUCCUCGUGGGAGCUGAACAAUUGCAAUGUAUGAUGCCUUUAGAUAUGAAGAAUAUGUCGGUGCUGAGUUUUAGGAAUUCUACUUGCCAAAUAACCAAGAUCGUCAUUGCUGUGACAGUGGUCAGUGUUGUUGUGGUAUCCGUUAUAGCAUGUCUGGUCUACAAAUUCUAUUUUCACCUCAUGCUUCUUGCUGGCUGUAAAAAGUAUGGUCGAGGUGAAAGCACCUAUGAUGCCUUCGUCAUCUACUCAAGCCAAGAUGACGACUGGGUGAGGAAUGAGUUGGUAAAGAACUUGGAAGAAGGGGUGCCCUCCUUUCGGCUCUGCCUUCACUACAGAGACUUUAUUCCGGGUGUGGCCAUUGCUGCCAACAUCAUCCAAGAAGGUUUUCACAAAAGCCGGAAGGUUAUCGUUGUGGUGUCUCAGCACUUUAUCCAAAGCCGCUGGUGUAUCUUUGAAUAUGAGAUUGCUCAGACCUGGCAGUUUCUCAGCAGCCAUGCUGGCAUCAUCUUCAUCGUCCUGCAGAAGUUGGAGAAGUCCCUGCUCCGGCAGCAGGUAGAGCUGUAUCGCCUCCUUAACAGGAACACUUACCUGGAAUGGGAAGACAAUGUCCUUGGGCGGCAUAUCUUCUGGAGACGACUCAGAAAAGCCCUGAUGGAUGGCAAAUCACCAGAAGGAACAGGAGAUUUAGAAAACAGCCAUGAAGAAAUGACAUCUUUAACCUGAGGAGGAAAGGUCUCCAGAAAUACUUCUGGCCUAGCUAGAAUGAAUAUGAGUUCUAUUAGCUAGAACUACAGCAUGGCAGGGGUCAUGCUAUGGGCUAGUGAUUCAGGGGUACACAAAAUACACACUACUGCUAAUCAUGAAGUUUGCAGUGUGUGGUGAAACAAAUGCUGUGCUACAAUUUAGAACCUUCCAAAUGUGUUUCAACCAACUUAACUAAAGUAUCAUGACUGAGCAAAGUCAACUCAACUCUUAGUUAAUUUGAAUGAAAAGUAGGAGGCUGGGUCCCAGAGACCGCAGAAAAGAGCACUGUUCUUUUCCAGAGCCAUUUGAGUGGGAACCAUGUCAUGUAUCACAUUUUCCAUGUCUGAAAAGAGUUUUGGGAGUGUCAACUGAACUGAGUGUUUGUUCACUUUUUCCUUUUAUCUUGAGUAUAACUGAAAUUCUCAAUGACUCAGAUGACUCCUAUUUCAGGAUUCCCAUUCCAUUUCAUAGCAUUCAUUGGUAUUGUAACUAAUUCCUGAGAAAACCUGACAAACAUGUGCUCAGAAAUGUCCUGAUCAUUGCUUAGCAUGAUCUAUUUUUAAUUCCUAAUAUUUUUAUCUUUAUGAUUCCAGUUCUCAUUUCUCAUGUCCUGUCCAUAAACUCACAUCAUAAAUAAGGCUUUUAGGGACAUGGUGGAUAUAUUCAUAUUUAAUAACAGUUUUUCAAGGAAGUGUGUAAAACACACUCCAUCAUUUUGUCACUUGAUGCCAUUCUUAAGUUACUACCUACUAAAUUAUGACUGUCAUAAAAGCAGCAUUAAAAGUAACUUGGUUGAAAGGGGCAUUUUUUAUUAGGAGGAGAAAAGUCUGACUUCCUGUUCUCAGUAGAGAAUGAUUUGCUGUAGACGUGCAACGAGAAGGGGAAUACUGCAAUAUGCUACCUCCUGUUGAUGAUUCUGAAAAACAUGGGGUGGGUACUUACAAAGCGACCCCAUGAAAUGAAUAGAAUCAAAAGUUUGCUUUCAAUGCAUGUUGUUAGGUGAAAGCUUGGAUCCUUUCAGGGAGAUUUAGAGGGCUGUACUCCUUCCUUGGAACCUUCCUCAUCAUUGAGGAAUGACUCAAGAUAGGGACUGCACACUUCUCCUUCCUGUUGGGUAUCACUUGCUGACCUCAUUUAGGAAAGAGCUGAUGUAAUCACUGACAAAACAAUUGCGGCCUUACUGGGUUCAUUGUAAGGGCAGUUCCCAGAAAAGCCCAUUCACUUCUUUAGAAAUAGCACCAAAAAAAAAAAAAAAAAAAAGGAUCAACGAGUACAUCAUUAGAGAAAUGCAAAUCCAAACUACAAUAGGUACCACAUUAUACUAGUUAUUAUACCGGUUAGAAUGGGCAUUAUUUAAUUAAUAUAUAUUAAACAUAUUAUAUAUAAAAUAUAUUACAUAUAUGUAAAAUAUAUACUGUACGUAUUUUAUGUAUAAAAUAUAUUUCAAAUGAGUAUGUUUUCCAGGAUAAGGAAGAAGUUAAAGUCUUCUACAGUAUAGUUGAGAUUAUCACAUGGUGCUGCCAUUCUGGGAAAGCAUAUGGGAUUUCUUCAGAAAAAGCUAACAGAACUGCCAUGUGAUCCAGAAAUCCCAUUUCUGAACAUAUACCCAAAAGGAUUGAAAUCAUAAUCUCAAAAGGUUAUCUGCACUCCCAUGUUAACUGCAGAAAUAUUCACAAUAGUCAUAUUUAUGGAAACAGUCUAAAUGUCCACUGAUAAAUGAUUAAAAUAUGUAUGAAGAAAACAUCAAUAAACCUACAGGCCUUUAUGCUAAGUAACAUAAACCAGUCACAAAAAGAAGUGUUGCCCGAUUCCACUAAUGAGAGUUUCUAAAAUAGCCAAACUCAGAAGCCGAGACUAAAAUAGUGGUUCUCAGCAAUCGGGGAAGGAGAAAUGGAGAGCCAUAAAGUUUUAAUUAUGCAAAAGGAGUUAGUCCCAAAGAUCUCCUAUGUAUCAUACUGCCUUUACAAAUAACAAUUUUAUACAAUUGAAAAUUUGUUGAAACUAUAGGUCUCAGGUUGAAUAUUCUUACCAUGAACUCAUACACAAAUGCCUUUUUAAAAAAGAUACAGGAAACUUUUUGAGAUGAUGAGUCUAUUUUACUACCUUGGCUGUGCUGAUAGUUUCUCAGAUAUAUGCAUAUGUUCAAACUCAUCAAAUUGUGUGCAUUAACUAUGUGGAGAUUUUGUACAUCCAUUUUCCAUUGUUGAAGUUGUAAAAAGAGGAAAUGAAAAUCUAAUUGGGAAAACUGGAAAUCUGACUACAAUCAUGAGUGGUUUUGGUCUGAAUGUAGUUAGGAUGGCUGAAUACAUCUACAUUUGUUUGUCUCACAUAUAGUGAAACUACACGUGUGCAUUUGUAUACCUGCCUCUGUGUGUUCCUGUUGGUGCUUGUGUGUGUGUGUAAGAAUGCAAGAGUCUGUGUGAUCAAAUUUCCAUAGCAAAUAGUGUAAUUAUAUUCCACAGGGAGUGUAUGCAUUUGAUGUAGAUAAAUAUGGCUAGUUGAGAUAAAUUCUCUACUCUUGCAUUUAAACAAAGCUGUCUGUCCAUGACUGCCUGUUAGUGUUUGAGUAGUCUUGAAAAUGUGUGAUUUUAUGUAUGACUUGCCAUAUAUGAAUGUUUUUGUUCAAAUUUGAGUAAUAAUUCUGUACAUGCACCUAUAUUGAAAUAAAUAUACAAAGUCCAUGGAGGAGCAUGAAAGUACAACUGGAUUGUUCCUUAUAGCAAGCCUGACAUUGGUCUUAUUCCCAUCAGACCCACUCUCUCAGAUGGAAAGUCUACAAACUGUAGAGGGGGUAUAAAGAUGGGAAGAAAGAAUUAAUAGGUGCAGAAUUAGAAAGAAAUCCAAAAUAAAAUUCAGGAUUGGGAUGGGCUCUUUCUAGCCACUUAAGCACUCUAGAAGAAAGAUAAAUGAAGGAAAUAAUAGAAAUUAACAUUGAUUGGAAAGACUUAAAUUUAUGCAAUAUCCUAUAGCUUGAAGCAUAGAUACAGAAUUAUAACCAUUUAUUAGCCAGAAGAGGCACCAGGUCAAAAACUAAUUUCUUCAUUUUAGGGAUGUGAAAUCUGAAAUGCAAUGAGGUAAAUUUAUUGUCAACUAGUCACACUGUAAGCAAGUGGUAAGUCCUUCUGCCCACUCAAGGGACAUCUUUCCAUGCCACCUCAUUGCUUAAUACUUCAUGUUGGUGAAACAGGAAAUGAAACUUCUGUAGUUCUCUGUGUGGCUGACACCAGUCAAGAGUUUUUCAACUGAAACUGUGAAACAUUAAGCAAAUACAUAUGCAUGUAUAUAUUA